AGCCUGUGUGACUUUGAAAACUCAAACGGAAAUGAAACGGGAAGUCAGGUCUUUUCACAGUUUGUUGAUUUGUAAAGACAAACUCAGUCUGCGAGGACUCAUUUUCUGUCCCCAGGACAAGAAGCCAGGGGAGAGAGAUCUAGUUGGGAAGACACUGGAGAGGAGAUGCAGAGAAGACACGACAGGAAUUGGAGUAAAAGUGGAGACCAGUUCACUGAGCAAGAAAAGAGAAGCAGAAUUAACCACUCAAAGAGAAGUGCUGGAAGUCAUGAGGUGCAGUCCUGGACAAGAGCUACCAAGCAAUCCUUGUGUCUCGUGUGGCAAAAAGUGAAAUUACAGCUAAUGCUAAGCAUGUCUUUCCUUGUUGCUGUCUUUUGGUAUUGCAGAAGGCUGUACAGCUUUUUAGCACAGCUACUGAAACGGUGGAGCAGCUACCUUCAAAGAAAACUCAUAAAGAAUCACAGCGUGUUGGAAGAAGUUGAUCUUCUUACUUAUAGUGCAAGAGAAUGGAGAGAAGAAACAAAGCAGGCCAAACACAUGAGGGAGGCAUACAGUGAAUUAUUUCAGAACUAUCAUAUCAAAUAUCUGCGACAGGUCAGGAAGGACAACUAUUGCAUCCUAAGAGCAGUGCUUUUUCAGAUAUUCAGCCAAGGCAUUCCUUUUCCAUCGUGGAUGAGGGAGAGAGAUAUAUUAAAGCUUCCUGAAAAGCUUCUGUAUUCCCAAGGUUGCAACUGGAUUCAGCAAUACAGUUUUGGGCCAGAAAGUUACACAGGUCCUAAUGCCUUUGGAAAACUACGCAAAUGUAUGGAAACAUUAAAGACAAAUUGGGCUGAAAUAAGUGGUACUAAAGAUAAUGAAAAAAGAAGAAACAUGUGUAAUGCACUCUUUUCUGACGAGAGCAAGGAACACAAGCUAUAUGAGGCUAUAAAAUUUAUCAUGCUCUAUGAAGUUGUUGAAGCCUACGAGCAAAUGAAGAACAGGGAUGAACCUAUACCCCACCUUUUUCGCCGCCUCUUUGCUCGGGAUACUUCAUCUGACCCUUUGAGUUUCAUGAUGAAUCAUCUGAAUGCCAUAGGUGACUCCGGUUGCUUAGACCAGGUUGAACUGUUCCUUCUUGGAUACCUGCUUGAAGUAAAGAUCAAAGUUUACAGACUGCAUAGAUUUAAAUCUGAAGAAUUUCAAGUAAACUGUCCAGAUGAAUACCGAAGGGAAUGGAAUGAGAUUUCUCUCCUGACUGAGGAUGACCACUACUAUCACAUCCCAGUUAUCAGAACAUGAAGCACAAAUAACUUUUUUUAAUCUUUGUAUAAUGUAGUGAGUAACCAGUUUCAGUGAAUUAGAUUUCUAAUUGGCAGCAGAAAUGCAUGUUGAUGAUUACAAAAUGAUUUAUGGGUUUAUUGUGUAAAUGCUUUGCUUUUCUAUUACAGCUCAGUUCGUUGCCAGUCAGCCAUAAAUAGCAAAAUAUAUUGCUAUGCUGUCUGGGGGAAAAAUGUCAUAUUUGAGGGUUAUUGAAAAUAAAAGAUCAGACAGUGUGACAAAGGAGGAAAAAGUAAUGCAGCUUUCCUAGGCUAAUGGCUUACUCUGACAUAUCUGGAUGGGUUAAACUUAAAUUCCUAAAGCAAUUCCUGCCUUUCUCUUCUCUGUUUCUAGUUCAAGUGGAUGAACUAUGCAGGAAACAACUCCUGGGGUCCCACAGUUUAUUCUCUGGGACACUAAAGUUACAAGGAUUUGAGGCUAUCUGGGUUGCAAGGAUGUAAACUGAGGCCACUACACAACUCUUUCAAAUCCCAUCCAGUUUCUCCUGGUGUUGCAGUGUCUCCCUCCAGAAACAGAGCAAGCAGGUGCAGACUAUGGUUGCUUCAGACCCUUGAAAUUAAGCUGAUCAAUGUUUGAUCUACUUUAUAACUGAGGGAAGUUAAGACUGAUGUUUGAAGAAGCCUGUCUGGAACAACCAAAUGAGAUUUGCUUUAUUAUAUGCUAUGCUUUGUCUGGUUCUAUUUUUUAAAAGACUCAACUGUGUUUAGAUAAUUUCUAAAAUGAGAGGUCCUAAAUUGAACAAAUGCUAAAAUGAUACAGCAGAUCUUGCAAGAUGUAUGUGAAAAGCAUACAUCCCCUAGGCAUGGGUUAUAUUUUAAAAAGUGGAGCUUUAUCAUGAAACGAAGCCUUUCCUUGUUUUUAUCCUUGAGGUACAGAAGUAGGCAGGUUUGGUUUUAACUCCUGCAGGACAAGGAAGAAAAGCAUGAGCUGGGCCUGCAGGAGCUAAAACAGUUGCAUGUAAUAACUAAAUAAUAAUGUUGGAGAGCAUAAAGACUGCUCUCUUCCUUUGUGUAAUGGAAAACAGUCUAUUUUUAUGUAUAUAUAAUUUAUAAACAAACACCUGAGUGCUGUAUUAUAUAGCAAAUUUGUUUCUUGGCAGUUUCUCUGGGUUCAGUUUUGUUCAAUAAUCUGCAGCUUUUAAUGAAAAAGGCUUGAUACAUAUAAUAAUUUAAUCUUUUCAAAGCCUACAUGUUGAAUAUUUAUUUUAGAAACAAACAAACCCACAAACUUCAUUCACUGGAUGAAGUAAUUCUUCCUCUCUAGUUUUGAUUCUGUUCCAUGUAGGGAAGUCCUGUAAUGCCUCAGCAUUGGGUAUUGUCUGUUUUGCAUCAGUGGUAUAUGCAACACUUGCACAUGUCAAUAGAGUUGUCUAUAUUUAAUUCUUGCUUUGGUACAAGCAGACAUAACAAAAAAAGGUGUAUUUUUAUAGAGAGCUUUUUAAUGGUUUGCAUAUUAUUUAUGAAUAGCAAUGCAAAAGCAUUACAGCUGGAAGUGUUACAUUGAUAAAAUGUAUGUUUUCUGUAAUCUUGAGCAUACUAAUAGAAGGGAAUAAUAAAGAUUAAUGAAUAAAGAUAUAACAGUGGCAUUUAUCACUAAAAUAAGAAGUUUAUGUCUAGAUUUAGGUCUCUUAGGCUCCCUGCCUGGUGGGGGAGUUAAUGGCAGUUAAUUAGAAGAGUUUCUACAAGGGUGUGGUUCUUCUUGCUGACUGCAAAGAUAGAGAAAACUUCAGAUGAGGAUAAUAGCAAGUUCUACAUGUGAAUUCAGAGUGCUCUACACAGAAUCUUAGGCAACACUGAGACAGGUUUGGAGCUGCAGUAAUUAUAAACAGGUUUUCUGAUAAUACACUUCAGCUAUGUACAAAACAUUUGUGUAAAGGAAAACAUAUACAUGUAAAAUAUACAUAUCCAUAUAUAGGAGAAGAAAACCAAAACAUCCUGAAUAAGCCACAUUGGAAAUAUCUGGUACUGGGGAAAGGACAAGUGCUGAAGCAUCUUUUCACAACAGUGGUUACAGACAAAGCUUGCUGCAGGAAUCCAGAAGCCUGGACAUGUGCUAGAGAGCUCUGCUGGUGUCAGAUCAUUGCUCUUAUCUUUCUAACCUGUGAAUUUCUGACUACUGCCUUUCUGCUCUUGAACUGUGGAAGGCUGACUUUUUAAGCUUACAAAAUUGCAAGAGAAUAGUAAUUUGUAGAAAUGAGACUUGAGUAUGAAAACCAUGCGAUGCAGCAUACAGGUGUUUCAGCUUCUUUUUGUAUAGUGCAUGUGUGUAGCUUUUGUCUUAUCUACAGAUAAUUGGAAUAAUGGACUUGUAUUAUAGGUCCAAACCCUAGAAUUGUUAAAUGUUUAAAAGGUACAUCAACAAUAAGCUCAGGUCAGAGUGAUUCAGAAUUCAUGUAAAGUUUGUGAAACAAUUAGGUUAUUAUUGUGAAAUUACAGGAUCAACCAAAACAAGCUUCAUUUU